CAUGGAUGAAACUAUCCAAGUUUUCGAUCGAGUACUAUCUUUUGCUGGUAUUCCAAUUUUUGCUAAACGAAACUGGAAUUCCAAAAAAUGGCUGCUGUUUCAGUAUUUUAACUUUUUCAUCGGUUUUCUAACUUUUGUUUUCACGACAGGAUUUGUGCUCUCCAACUCUUCUGAUCUUCUGAUAUGUAUUCAGGGUGCCUGUGUGUGGACGACGGGAGUCAUUAUGUUCAUAUCGCUUGGAAUUUGUUUAGUUUUCAGGAAUAAGUUCCGAUCAUUUCUGGAAGAAAUAAUUUUCAAUGACUGUACGUCGGAAAUGCCGCUGAUACAAAAUAUUUUGCGGUUAAAACUGAAUCGAGGAAAGUUGAAGGAGUUGCAGGAGUUGGUAAUAUACUCCCAGGAGAAAUUAUUCAGACUUACAAGGGUUUUGUUAAAAACUUACGUAGCAAGCGUUUGGCUGUGUGCAACUCUUUAUUUGUGUGGCCCGAUAUACACUAUGUGGAUAAAGAGGGACAAGUCGUUGCGUUUGCUUGCGUUCGACAUGUGGUUUCCUUGGGGUUUGGAGAACUUUACCAUAUACGUUGCUUCGUUCCUGUUCCACGCAUACGCCGGAUACUUGUGCUGCAUCGCGUAUCCUGGUCUGCAGUGUACAAUUAUCCUACUAAUUGGUCAAAUAAUUCGCCAGUUAAGAAUUUUAACAUUUAUAUUACUGCACCUGGAUAAAAUAGUCAUAGAGCUCGUGGAACAUAGGGAUGAGAGGUGGCAAGCUGGUUGUUCUUUAAUAUUAUCACAAUGCGUUGAUCACUAUAUCAAGGUUAAAAGAUUUUCAAACAGAUUGAAUGCAAUAUGUCAGCCAUUUUAUUUAACUUUGAUAUUGGUCGCAACAAUGUUAGUUUGCGUGUGUUCUGUGAAGAUUGCAAUAUCGGAUAAACUUUCUCCAGAUGUAAUGAAGUAUUACGUUCAUGAGUUUUGUUUCAUCUUAGUUGUUCUCCUGUUUUGUUAUCUUGGCCAGCAAGUCGAGAAUGAGAGUGAACAAUUAGAAGCAGCUGUUACAGAAAAAUGGUACAUCUUCAGCUCUAAGCACAAGGUCAAUGUACGAAUCUUCAAAAUAGCGCUCAGUCAAAGGAUGCCUAUAUACAUUUUUGGCUCUAUAACUCUUUCUUUACCGACAUUUACUUGGUUUAUUAAGACAGGGAUGUCUUUCUUCACUUUAGUGAUGUCGGUGUUAGAAGAUUAA